GCUCAGACAAGUGGAAAGAUCUCCAGAGCUCGGGAGCUUCCUAGACGAAAUAACAGAGAUGAAUUUAUUCCUUGGCGCUUUCUUCCUGGUGGCCGGCUGUAAGCUGUCUGUAGCUAUAAUAAUGGAAUAUAGUUACCACCAUAACUACAACUACAUCAACUGGCAUUAUGCUCGAUUUUAUUGCAGAAUCCACUACAAAGAUCUGGCUACUCUCAAUACUACUGAAGACUACCGGCUAAUUGCAGAGGUUGAAAACCCAUAUUUGUCAGGCUGGAUUGGACUGUACAGAGAGAACGUAGUGAAUAACAUCUGGAAGUGGUCUGAUGGACAACCACCUACUUUAUUAAAGUGGCAUUAUGGUUGGCCUUUGGUUGGUUCUAUGGAUGCAAAAAAAAACUGCUCCAUUCUGUAUAAUGGAAACUUGUAUAACGAUCUCUGUGAAAUUACUCAUCCUUUCUACUGUUACAGAUAUUUGAUUUUGGUGAAUGAGUCUAAGACAUGGGAAGAGGCUCUUCAAUUCUGCACCAUUAACUAUACUGAUUUGGCAGCUUUGCCCUUUGCUAAACAAGUGUCGCGGGCAAAAGAGGAGCUGAAGCUGAGCCAAACAGACAGCGUCUGGACCGGCCUGCGCUUCAUGGAUGGAAAUUGGUUCUGGCUAAAUGGAGAGCCUAUAGACACAGAGAAUCCUAACGCCACACUGCUUUCCUUGCCAGAAUGUCCAGCUCGACCUUACUGCUGCGGAGCGUUCAACACCAAGACAAACGCCUGGGAGAACCGAGACUGCCACGAGAAGCUGAAUUUCCUCUGCUCCAUAUAACUUUCCAUGAAGAAUCGUUCUUCUUCAGGAAGGAUGCGAUAUAAACGCCUGGCACAAUACUGUAUACAGUUGUUUGGCUUUUUGUUUAAAAUGUAAAUGUAUUUUGAAUAAACAAUGUUAGGCAUUAAAAUAAUCACCGAAACUAAAUGGAGAGAUAAAUCUGUUCUGUGGUGUGGGGAGUUAUUUAAUUAUUUUUUAAAUAAUAUUUAGUAUGGUUCUGUAUUUUAUAUGUGAAUCUUUUCUGUAAGCAUUAUUUGUACAUUUCUACACCUUUGCUGCAUCUCAGGAAAUAGUUAAAGCAACUUUUAUUGUUAUUAGCAAUAUCCUUGAGUUAUGUAUCAUGCCACUUAUACUGAAUUGAACCAGAUGAAUUGUUAAUUUAUAACAGCUGAAGAAAACCUGAUGAUCAUGUCAUCUAUCUAUCUAUCUAUCUAUCUAUCUAUCUAUCUAUCUAUCUAUCUAUCUAUCUAUCUAUCUAU